AUGCAUCACUAUUAUAUUGAACAGACAAUGAAAUAUGUUCAAACGUCAAAUAAGAAAGUGAUAUGUGAAACAUUUAUUAAACAAGAAUAUUCAACAUCAACAACCGGUAUACAAAUGAUGAAUAUUGAAACAUUAUUACAAGCUGCCCAAAUUUUAGAAAAUCAACAAUCGAUACCGCCCAAAAAACGUUUAGCAAUCGCGAGAGGAGGUGUUAAUUCCAAUUCAUCGACAACGAUUACUAAUCAUCAUGACAAUAAUUCUGUUAUUGUUCCAGUUCAAAUUAAAAGUGAACGUCUUUUAUCCACCGAUACAGAUUUAGAAAUAUCUGAUAAUGCACGAUUAAAUUUAAAUUCUCUUAAUGGAGGUUAUCAUUCAUCAAGACAAUCUUUAGAUGGAGAUAAUACAAGUAGACAAAGUGGUGAAGUUGGAGGAUAUGAUGAUAAUAAUAAUCAGACAAAUCAAUACAAUGGAAAUGGAGGAGUAGAUAAUGAGUCAGUAAACAAAGAAAUUCAUAAUCGAUUAGAAAAACAUAGACGAGCACAUCUAAAAGAUUGUUUUGAUCAUUUAAAAGCUGAAGUACCAUGUCAACGUGAUAGAAAAGUAACAAAUCUUCAAGUAUUAAAUAUGGCAAUUAAAUAUAUUCAAACAUUAACUCGUAAAGAACGUGAAUAUGAACAAGAAAUUCAAGUAUUAUCUAGUAGACAUAUUGAAUUACAACGUCGUUUAAAAAAGUUAAAAGAUGAAUUAAAUCAAGAUGGUCAUGAUGUUGAUCAAUGGUUAGAUGCAUGUUCAGAUGCUGAUCGUUCAACAUCAACAAAUACAGCGAGUGAAGCAGAAAUGUAUCGAUCAUUAGACGGUGAUUUAGGUCAUUUAGGAGAUGAUAAUCAUAAUCAUGAUGAUAGAAGAGAAAGGAGAACAAGAGAUAAUCAAGAUGAUGAUUCACUUGAUAGUCUAGAAUUUAAUGAACAGUCAUAUACCGUUGAAGAUUUAUGUUUUCGUCCUGUACCACCAAUUCCCUCAUCAACAAUUGUUAAAUCGACUAUAUUAAAACAAAAAUCAACUUCUGUUAAUCACAAUCAACAUCUUCAGACACCUCAAAAAACAUCUCUAACUCAUCAGAGUAAUAAUAAUAAUUAUUCAUUACAAAAUCGUCGUCGUUUAAAUCUUGAUGAACAACAAGCAUCAAAACAAUCAUCAUCUCUAGCAUCUGUCUACUCUCGACUAUUAGCUACAGCAGCAACAAAUACGUCAAUGCCUCAAACUACAAUAUGUUCUACAAAUAUUUCCACUACUCAACCAUCACCUCAACUUCAACCGACAAAUACAAAUAUUUUAAAUAUAGCCGUACCAUCAACAGUAAUACAGAAUGAUAUUCGCUAUGACAUUGUAGAUUUAUUUACAAAAGGUACAAUAUCUCCUCAAACUCAAUCACAAACAACACCAUCUCAAAUUUCUCCAUUACCAUCGAUAGCCAGUUUAAUGCGUUCAUCUUUACAAAAUUCUCCUCAAGGUCAACAAUCAGCUGCAUCACCAUCAACUCCAUCACCAACAAUUCAAAAACAUACCAUUGGUAUAAAUACUGAUAAUCAAUAUCUAAUUACACCUUCAACAAAUUUACUCACACAACAUCAACAACCAACAACAAUUGUCGUUUCACAGUUAAGGUCAACAUCACCACCAACAUCACAGCAGCAACAACAACAACAAUCACUUGUAGUGACAACGACUUAG